AUGUUGAUCGAUCGCAAUAAGAUUGAAUCGUCAAAUCUGCCCGAUUUGGGGGAUAUUUCUCAAGUCGCUGCUGUAUAUGAUGAAUCAGUUCUUGACGCUGGUGUUUAUGCCCAGGUUGAAGAGGCAUUAAGAAAGAAGUCCAACUUUAAAGAAAAAAUUGAACAGAAUCUUGAUAAUGUUCGACGUGAUAUUCAACUUAAAGAAACUGAAAUAAAAAAGCUGGAGGAUGCGCUGGCAGCUACAUUUGAUAGUGUCGCAGAUGUGUGUAAUCGGAGCCUUGAAAGAAGUAUUAGGAGUCUUGAAAAUGAGAUUACUACAAAGAAAAACCUUCUAACUACACUUCGGAAACGUGAAGCAAUAUGUCUUGAGAUGCUUCUGAAACCAGAUGAAACGAUUGAUUUGAACAACAAGACAGUUGCCAACGCCUCCGAUAAAGAAUCUCUUGCCAGUAUUCAGCGUCCCACUGUUUCCAAUAUUUCGAAAUCCUCGCCUCGUCGUAAACUGACUGACAUUGAUGAUGGUGAUCUAAAAACUUAUCACAAACGACUUGCUGGUUUGGAAAAGGAAAGUACAGUGGAGACUGAUAAUGACGAGAUUCUGAAAGGGGGUUUGCGAAUUCCAGCUGAUAUUUGGAAUCGCCUUUAUCCCUACCAACGUGAAGGAGUUACAUGGUUAUGGGGUCUCCAUCGACAUGGCGUCGGUGGAAUCCUUGGUGAUGAAAUGGGCUUGGGAAAAACCGUCCAGAUUAUUGUUUUUCUAGCUUCUCUGCAUCAUUCUAAACUUCCUAUAUCGGAUAGCAGUUAUGACGUGGCGAUUUCGCAAAUGAAACACUCUCUUUCUUCUUCCAUUAGCAUUUCUGAUGGUCUUGCGCCUGUUCUUAUUGUUUGCCCUGGCACAGUCCUUAAACAAUGGCUCGCGGAAUUCCGUGUAUGGAUGCCGACUGCCCGUGUUGUUAUUAUUCAUUCUAGUGGCUCGGGCUACAGCAAUCUUACUCGUUUGGUUAACAGUCUCUUCAAAACCACUGGUUUCGCCCUAACAACCUAUGGAACUCUAGCUCAACACCGAGACCUACUUCUUCCUCUGCCAUGGCACUACGUCAUACUGGAUGAGGGUCAUAAAGUUAAGAAUCCUCAGGCUGAGAUCACUGCUACUGUAAAGCGUUUUAUCACCCCUCAUAGAAUUAUUGUCUCCGGUACACCAAUGCAAAAUAACCUCAAGGAACUCUGGUGUAUUUUCGAUUUUGUUUACCCUGGAAAAUUGGGUGGUGGAAUGAUGGAUUUUCUUGUCAAUUUUGGUGUACCCAUAACUAUGGGGGGCUAUGCCAACGCUUCACCUUUGGAGGUUGAAACUGCGUAUAGGUGUGCUUGCACACUAAAGCGCAUUCUCUCACCCUACCUCCUGAGAAGAUUGAAAAAGGAUGUGCAGCUGGAAUUGCCGAAAAAGUCUGAACAGGUCUUAUUCUGUCACCUAACUCAUUACCAACGAAGCGUAUACGAGGAGUACUUGAAUUCACGAGCUUGUCAGUACAUUCUGCGUGGAAUGGGAAAUGUCCUCGGUGGACUUGUUCUUCUCAAAAAGCUUUGCAAUCAUCCUGAUCUUGUCACUGGUGGUCCACAGCACUUUGGAAGCCGCCUGGGGGAGGAGGAUGAUGAUAAUGCUGAGGAGGGUGACUAUUGGAAACGUUUCGGGUGUUCCAGACGAUCGGGAAAACUGGUGGUCACGCUCGAUCUCCUGGCUCUCUGGUGGGAGCAGAAACACAAGGUCCUUUUAUUCACGCAAAGCCGGAAAAUGCUGAAUAUCUUGGAGAAGCAUGCAUCUCGACGAGGUUAUCCAUACCUUCGUAUGGAUGGUGCAACACCUACUGGACAACGACAUCGUCUUGUUGAACAGUUCAACUCCACCAAAUCGUCAGAUUGUUUUUUGUUUCUUCUUACAACCCGCGUUGGUGGUUUGGGUGUUAAUUUGACUGGAGCUGAUCGAGUGCUUAUCUACGAUCCCGACUGGAAUCCUUCUACUGACGCCCAGGCUCGUGAACGCGCUUGGCGUAUUGGUCAGCAACGGGAGGUGGCCAUUUAUCGUCUCCUCUCUUCUGGAACUCUUGAAGAAAAGGUCUAUCAGAGGCGAGUGAUGCUACUAGGAGAGGAACAAAUCUUCAAGCAGUUUCUGACUAACCGCGUCUUGAAAAAUCCACGUCAACAGCGCUUCUUUAAACUCAACUCCGUUCAUGAUCUUUUUAUGCUGAAUGACGAGGCAGCUUCACGGCCCUCAGAUGCAAACGGUGGAGUGCCCACGAAACACGUCUCCUUCUUUAAUGCUGUUGGUGUCCCCAAGCACGCAGUCUCUGAUAACCGCUUUGAUGCCCUUUUUGCAGCGAACCCAGACAAGUUAAAGGAGCUGGAGAACACUUCAGACGACGAUGAGGAUCAAGAGGCCCCUGGUGAGGUGAAUGAAGACGAAUCAGAAAAGGAAGAAACUUCUGAAGAAAGGAAGGCCCGAUUAAGAGCUCAGGCUAAGAGACUGAGUCGAAAGCUGGUUGAAAAAUAUUCACAUCGAGGGACUCGUGUAGAUGGCAAAAGAAUUCAUGGAGUCGCUCGUCGAUCGAGGUUUGAUGAAGGGGAGACCGAGAAGAAAGAGAAAUCAAAACAAUCGGACAAUGUAGAGAAAGAACCGGAUCUAGACCCCUUCGUUACUUCUGUGUUAUGUGGACCUGAUCAAGAUGAGAAAUUGGAGAGUUUCAAACGAAAGAGGAGCGAAGUGAAUGAAUACAUGAAACAAGAGGCGAAGAAGGUUGCGGAAACUGCUCUAGAAGCAAUUAGGCCCAGGAAAAGGAAAAGACAUAGGUCUAAAGAUGCCCUGUCAACAGUAAAGAAGCGGUUAAAGGAAGUCACGGUGGUUAAUCAUGACACUCUGAUGAACGAUUUUCUUAUGUCUGAGAAGCGCGUUGAUCCAGCAUUGGAAAAGAUUCAAGCAACGAGGCUAGCUAAUUCUAUUAUCAAGUGGUUGAUUACCCUUGAAGAUAGAAUUAAAUCUUCCAGACUUCAAGUUCCUUUUCUAGGCACCACAAAUCCGAUAAACGGUGUUACCUUUGGACAAGUUAAGGACGGGUUCCUUUACUCUCCCAACGAAAGAAAUUGCCCUCUCUUUGUAAUAUUCGAAACUAUUUUGCAAAUUUUAACUGAAUCACUUGUAAUUGUUGUUUUUGUAUUUCAGUUGGCAUACAAACGACAGGAGGCCAUUCUAAAACCCGGAGAAGCGACAAAUAAUCUACUCUUUGCUGGUCACAAUCGUCUGAGUUCAAGUGCCAUGCUAGAAUUAAUUCGUGAACGCAGAGAAGGAAGCAUGAACUUUCUUGGACUCUCGACUGUCAUAACGAAUCCGAUUACUCUUCAAGAGCGGGGCUCUAUUGGUAAGGAGGAGAAGGAGCUACGAAAGGUAGCCUAUCGUCUCUUGAUGCUAUUCGCUGAAGGAGAAUCCUAUUCUACUCCCUCUGCUAGUACAGCCAUAAUUGCGGAUAGGUUUAGUGAACUGCUGACGUCUCGAAAGAGGAAUGGUCGAAGUCAGGUACCGGGUGAACUGACGGGCCGCCACUUCAGAGCUCUUUUAAGAUCAAUAGCUUUUCCUCCCGUACGAAGAGGAAACGAGGAUGGCACAGAAGUCUGGGUGCUUAAACCGCAGUUUGCUUUCAUAACGAGUGCAAUUACACGUCUUCCACCCACUUUUCUUAAUUGA